AUGGACAGCACAUCGAUUUUUUCGGCGUGUCGAUCGAUCGAUGAAAUCGAUGGAGUGAUUCGACGAUUUGCUAUGGCGGAACGACGAGAAAUUGCCGCCGACACACUACAGCAGUUCAUUGUUGCGAAUUGGUGUGGGAAAAGAGACGAUAUUCUCUUAUUCGACAGUGAUGUGACGGAAACACUAAAGAAAGAAGUGGUCGAGCGGCUCUCUUUUGGCACAAAUACCCCAUUCAAGAGAACGAGAUCUCUCGAGUAUCUUCUCGCGGCAAAAAUGACGCUUUUCCUCGACAACGAUGAACAAAGAGGUGAUUGGAGGGAUUCAUUGCUUCGAUUGCAGGCUUGUCUCACUUGGCAGAAAGUUUUAGACGAACCGGCUGUGCAAUUGAUGGAAAUCAUCAAGAAUGAGAUGUCAACCCUUGAUGAAAUCGAUUUGAGCAAUCUGUCAAACGAUGAGCAAGCCUUUUUGUGGUUACAUCGAGCCGAAGCUCAUCGACUCUAUUUUGACUACGAGAAAGCACAGGAGGCCAUUGAAAAGGCGAUCGCUUUGACCUCAUUGAAAGUCGAGGUGACUGGGUGUAUUGGAAGGAGAACACAUUGGCAACGACCACUUCCACAAUUGGUUCUGAAGACGGAGUCCAAUCAUCAAUAUGAAACCGCCGAGGAGAAAGAUUUACCGAAUGAUUGCAAGCUGAACGAUGAUACGUUAUUGGAAAAGGUACAUCUUGUGCCUCAACCGGGCGAUCAACCAAGCCACUCCACCCAUCUUUCGCCCAUUCAAUUGUGCUCUCUACUGUUGUUAUGUCAUAUUCAAGGGAAAACGUGCAUUCGAGACGAUUUGUUGAUCGAGGAGUGCUCGGCUUAUUUAGAAAAGAUUAUCGGUGAGCGUCGUGUUUGGGCUGUACAAUGUUCGGCACUGAUUGCGAGGAGUGAAAUCGAGAAGAGAAACAAGAGAAAGGUUGAAAGAGCAUGUGCUCAGGUGGAGAAUAUCAUUCAAUUGAUGGACGGAUCGUCGAAUCAGGAUGGACUCGAUUUCGCGGCUCGUGCUCAUUUCGUUCUUGUUAGUGGGCUGCCCACGUGGUGGAAGUGUAAAGCGACCUACUCACAAAUCUUGAUCUCGCUUGGAUGCACUUCAGAAGCUCUUCUUCAAUAUGAGAAAUUGGAGGAUUGGAGUGGAGUGAUCGAUUGUUACAAAUCAUUGGGACAAGUCGACAAAGCUGAGCAUUUGAUUAGAAGGUUGAUCGAUGAGGAGAACGAGAAAACGCAAAAAUCAUUGCCCUUUUUGUACACUUUGUUGGGAGAGAUCACGAUGGAACCGAAAUAUUUCGAGAAAGCAAUUGAGAUCUCGGGCGACAAAUUCGCGCACGCCCGACGGUCAUUUGGUCAUCUGCACUUGGCAAGGAAACAAUUCGAACCAGCGUACGAGCAUUUUCGGAGAAGUUUACAGCUGCAACCAAUCCAGUUGGGCGUCUGGUACAAUGCGGGCUAUUGUGCGUACAAGUUGGAGCGAUAUGCCGAGGCAGCCUCGUGUUUUCAUCGGUGUGUCUCGUUGGAACCCGAGCAUUUCGAGGCGUGGAAUAACUUGUCCGCCUCGUACUCGUAUCUCGACAAAAAGGAAAGGGCCAAGAAAGCUUUGCAAGAAGCACUAAAGAUCGACUACGAGCAUCCGAAUGUUUGGGAGAACUACCUCGAGAUGAGCCUGGACACCGAAGAUGCCGAGCAGGCGAUUUUGGCCGCACAUCGGGUUCUCGAUCUGAAGAAGCAGCUCCGUGAUGAGAACGUUCUCGAGCGGAUUCGCCGCGUUUUCGAGAAAAAUUUUGCGGGCCUAAACGACGAGGAUCGUGGGAAGAUGAAAGCCGAUUUGAUCAAGUUGUACGCUCGGGUGACCACACAGCAAUCGUUGAGCUCCAGGAUUAUACAUGGCUACGCGAGUCUGAAAGAGCCCGGCAAGGCGGCCAACUCGACGGAACACUCGCAAUUCGUGAAAAUUCUCGAGCGCGCACUCUUGGCGGACACAAAUCAAAAGGAGUGGUGGAAAGACGAGAUGAGCACGUGUGCUGCGCUUUUCUCGGUGGCUCGUUUGGCGGCGGCGAGAUUGGACGAAGCAAGGGUGAAUGGAGAAGGGAAACAAGGAGAUGAGACGAUAAAACAGGCCAAAGCAAGGAAUCGUAUUGCUUUGAUGUCAAAAGUGAGCUUAAUCGAGAAAUUCUACGCCGAUUUGAGCACACCUAUUCCCGAAACGAUCGAAGAGGCGCUGAAACUCGCGAAAGAGCAAUUGGAA